CCUUCUGCGCGCGGCCGGCGGACGGAGCCGAAGGGAGCCGAGCCGGGCCGAAGGCGGCGCGAGGACCUCCCUUCCCCCACUCUCCCCCCCCCUCACCUCACCUCGGGCGACGGCGGCGGCCGCUGAGGAGAAUGGCGGCGGCGGCGGCGGCGGGGUUGUUGGCGGCGGGAGGGCCAGGCCCGUAGCGGGCGGCGGCGGCGGCUCCAUGGAGGAAACGGCGGCGGCGGCUGAGGGGCGCGCCGCAAUGAUGCUGUCGCCUGGGCGCACCGUGACCUCAGGAGGUUUGAGGACUUAGCGGGAGCUGCUGCUUCAUACCCCAGAAGGCUGAAGGAGCAGAAAAGAGAGCCUUGAACCUGGAGGUGGGUCGUUAACUCUAAGAUGUCCUUGAGCGGUGGAGCUUCCGGAGGGAAAGGAAUAGAUGCGAACCCAGUCGAGACAUAUGACAGUGGGGAUGAGUGGGACAUUGGAGUCGGGAAUCUGAUUAUUGACCUGGACGCGGAUUUGGAGAAGGACCAGCAGAAAUUGGAAAUGUCGGGCUCCAAGGAGGUGGGGCUUCCAGCGCCGAACGCUGUGGCCACGCUUCCGGAGAACAUCAAGUUUGUGACCCCGGUGCCGGGGCCGCAGGGCAAGGAAGGCAAAUCCAAAUCCAAGCGGAGCAAGAGCAGCAAGGACAGUGGCAAGGCCGCCCCAGGAUCCGCUCUGUUCACUGCAAGUGAAGGGACCAGUGGCAAGAAGGAGGCGCAGGGGCGCCCUGGGGACGGUGUGAACUCUGGCGGCCUAGUGGCUGCCGUUGGCCCAAAGGGCUCAGAGAAAUCGGCCAAGGCUUCUCGCAGCGUGGCUGGCUCAAAGAAAGACAAGGAGGGCAGUUCGUCCAAGAGCAAGAAGGAGAGGAGUGAGGGGGCAGGGGCUCCGGCAGAGAAGGAUCCCGGUGUCCUCCAGCCCCUCGCUUUGGCUGUCAGGGUGGGGCAGUAUGACGGGGGCCAAGGAUCUGAGCCCGCUGCCGAGCAGCUUGGGAGUAUUGCUAUUGACACAGGAUCCGCACUCAACCCUUUGGGAAUUAAGUCGGAGCUGGAAGAUGGUGACGGGGAGUGCCGGCAGCUCAAAAAGGUGAAAUUGGAGAAGAUGGAGUCUCCUGUGUCCACCCCCGCAGUGCUGCCGCUGCACCUCCUUGUCCCCGUUGUCAACAGCGAUAUCUCGUCACCAUGCGAGCAGAUCAUGGUACGCACUCGGUCUGUGGGGGUCAACACCUGCGAUGUGGCCCUGGCUACCGAGCCGGAGUGUUUGGGCCCCUGUGAACCUGGCACCAGCGUCAAUCUGGAGGGAAUCGUGUGGCAGGAGACGGAGGACGGUAUGCUGGUGGUGAACGUCACCUGGAGGAAUAAGACGUAUGUGGGGACACUGCUGGACUGCACGCAGCACGACUGGGCACCACCCAGGUUUUGUGAUUCUCCCACCAGUGAUCUGGAGAUGCGGAACGGUCGCGGGCGGGGCAAGCGCAUGCGUCCCAACAGCAACCCCCCCAUGAACGAGAGCACGGCAGCCUCAGAGAGCAAAGGGACCAGUAAUAGCAGCAAGACGCGAGCAGGGGCCAACAGCAAGGGGCGGCGGGGGAGCCAGAACUCUUCAGAGCAUCGGCUCCCGCCCGCCGGGACAUCUGAAGAUGUCAAGGCCAGCCCCUCGUCAGUGACCAAGCGGAAGAGCAAGCCCCUCUCUGACCUGGAGGUGAACUCUAGCUCCGAGGACUCCAAGGGGAGUAAACGUGUCCGCACAAACUCCCUGGGCUCGGCCGCCACGCCGUUGGUGGUUGCGGCGGUGGCCGCUGCGGCGGCGGCCACAACUGUCAAGUUGGAACCUGCCAUUUUGGACAGGAACUGCCCCUCCCCUAUACUGAUUGAUUGUCCCCAUCCCAACUGUAGCAAAAAAUACAAGCACAUCAACGGGCUCAAAUACCACCAAGCCCACGCGCACACCGAUGACGACAGCAAGCCCGAGGCGGACGGUGACAGUGAGUAUGGAGAGGAGUUGUCUCUCCCAGCAGACCUGGGCAGCUGCAAUGGUGCCUCCAGCAGCCAGAAGGGAUCUCUGUCGCCGGCUCGGUCGACCACCCCCAAAGUGCGCCUGAUGGAACCUCACAGCCCCUCCCCGUCAAGCAAGUUUAGCACUAAGGCCCCUGGCAAGAAGAAGUUGGGUGGCGAAGGAGACCCCGACUCGGGCGCUCUGUCCAACGACGGGUCCGAAGACGGCCCUUUCGCCGCUGACGAGACGAGCAACGACGGCUACGACUCCGUGGAGAAGCGGAGCAGCGACAAAGAGAAGGCGAAAAAGUCCGUCGGUAUCAAGUCGGAGAAAGGGCCGUCUUCCAAGAGCAUCAAGUCCGCGCGGCCCAUCGCCCCGGCCAUCCCGCCGCAGAUCUACACCUUCCAGACGGCCACCUUCACUGCAGCCAGCCCCGGCUCCUCUGCGGGCUUGACCACCACGGUAGUCCAGGCCAUGCCCAGCAGCCCCCAGCUGAAGCCCAUCCAGCCGAAACCAACUGUGAUGGGAGAGCCUUUCACGGUCAGCCCCGCCCUCACUCCUGCCAAGGACAAGAAGAAGAAGGACAAGAAGAAGAAGGAGCCAAAGGACAUAGAGAGCCCCUUGACUCCUGGGAAAGCGUGUCGGCCCGAGGAAGGUAAGAGCCCCUUCCGGGGAGAGCCCGUGGACCUGGGGGCUAAGGGGGAGAGCCUUCUGAAUGGCUCCUCUGACCCCCACCAGAGCCGCCUCGCAAGCAUAAAGGCCGAGGCGGAUAAGAUCUACAGCUUCACCGACAAUGCCCCGAGCCCCUCCAUUGGGGGUGCCAGCCGACUCGACAGCACAGCCUCCGCGCAACCCCUGACGCCCCUCCACGUGGUCACUCAAAAUGGCGCCGAAGCCAACUCUGUGAAAACCAACAGCCCUGCCUACUCCGACAUCUCUGACGCGGGGGAAGACGGGGAAGGCAAGCUAGACAGCGUGAAGGCCAAGGACCCCGAGCAGCUGGCGAAGGACGGGGCCAAAAAAGCCCUUUUCCCCUCUCAACCUCAGCCCAAGGACUCUCCCUAUUACCAGGGUUUUGAGGCCUACUACUCGCCAGGGUACGCGCAGUCGAGCCCCGGCCCCAUUAACCCCAACAGCCAGGCCAGCGUGGACAGCCAGGCCCUGAAGCUGAAAAAGGACGAGGAGCCCCCAAGCCCCGAGGUGAAGGUGAAGAACGAGGUUUGCGAGGAGAAGAAGGCGGAGCUGGGCCCCUCCAGCCAGCAGCCCUCGGUCAUCCAGCAGCGGUCCAACAUGUACAUGCAGUCUCUCUACUACAACCAGUACGCCUACGUGCCUCCGUACGGUUACAGCGAGCAAGGCUAUCACGCCCACCUGCUGAGCACCAACCCCACGUACCGGCAGCAGUAUGAGGACCAGCAGAAGCAGCGCCAGAGCCUGGAGCAGCAGCAGCAGCAGCAGCAACAGCAGCAGCGGAGCAUAGACAAGAAGGUCGAGCUGGGGCUGAAAGAGAGGGAGGCUGCGCUCAAGGAGGAGUGGAAGCAGAAGCCGUGCCUGCCUCCCACGCUGACCAAAGCCCCGAGCCUGACGGACCUGGUCAAAUCGGGGCUGAGCAAGGCCAAGGACCAGGGGCCCGACGGGGCCAAGUCGGUCAUCAUUCCCAAGCUGGAGGAUUCCUCGAAGCUCCAGAGCCAGGCGUCCGAGAGUCUCAAGGGGAAGCUGAGUGAAAGUAGCCAUCUGGGCAAGGAGACGGUGGAGCCCAAGGCCAGUUCGGAGUGCGGCCGGCAGGCCGAGGUGGACCCGGUGCUGUGGUACAGACAGGACACAGAGCCCCGCAUGUGGACCUACGUUUACCCUGCCAAAUAUUCGGACAUCAAGACGGAGGAUGAGCGGUGGAAGGACGAGAGAGACCGGAAGUUAAAGGAGGAAAGGAGCCGCAGCAAAGAGUCGGCCGCCAAGGAGGACGGGAAGGACGGCGGGGGCUCUGACUGCAAAGGGCCCUCCGGCGAGGAAUCCCGCAUGGUGGCCAAGGAGCCCAGGCCCAGUGUCCACGUGCCGGUGUCCUCUCCGCUCAGCCAGCACCAGUCCUACAUCCCCUACAUGCACGGCUACUCCUACAGCCAGUCAUACGACCCCAACCAUCCCAGUUACCGCGGCAUGCCCACCGUCAUGAUGCAGAAUUAUCCAGGUUCCUAUCUGCCCUCCAGCUAUUCAUUCUCCCCGUACGGCAGCAAAGCCUCCGGGAGCGACGAUGGCGAGAAGUCCCGGGCCAGCCCCAGCAUGGGCUGCAAGUCCAGCUCCGAAUCCAAGGCUCUGGACAUCUUGCAGCAGCACGCCAGCCACUACAAGAGCAAGUCCCCAACGAUAGGCGAGAAGACUCCUCAGGAGCGCAGCGGCUGUGGGGUGGGAGGAAGCAGCGCAGGCUGCAGCAGCGUAGGGGGCACCAGUAGUGCCGAGAGAAGCGUUGACCGGCCCCGUUCGUCUCCUUCGCAGCGCCUGAUGUCCACGCAUCACCACCACCACCACCUGGGUUACUCGCUGCUGCCAGCCCAGUACAACCUGCCCUAUGCAACAGGCCUAUCAUCGACAGCCAUCGUGGCCAGCCAGCAAGGCGCUGCUCCCUCCCUAUACCCGCCACCCCGGAGGUGAAACCGGAUGUGACGUGACCGGAUAAUCGAGGCUGCCCCCAAGUCAUGUGACUGGCUCACGUGAGGAAGCGCUGGAAACUGCGUUAGACAUCAGUUGAAUGGUGUUGAGUUGUUCUGCUUGACGAUCCUGCUGUAAUGUGAGGCAGGCCGCCGCCCCUCCCCCCCGUUUGAACACAAGCUGAGCCCCCUCCCUCCCCGCCCGUAUGUGUUGAAUUGUGGAGCUGGGACUUGUGGAAAAUAUUUAUUCACCUGACUUGUGGGAGGAUGGGGCGGGGGGGCAAGCGGCCUGUGUUCCCAGAAUUCCUCUGGAGAGCGGGGACUGUGCGCUGGUAGGCUCAGCAAGGUGGCAUCACGGGACAUUUGGAACAUUAGGGGACGUGGGCGAGUCUGCCCGGCUCUCUGGCCGCAGCUUCCCUGCUCCUGAGACGGCUUCUCCACAGAACAUGGGAAACGGUCCAGGCCGAGGUAUUUGUACCAGCGAGAAGCGAUUGCCUCACGCAAUCAGGCUGGCGGGCUUCUGUAAAGACCGCAGGGAAGAGCUGCUUCUGUCGCCUGAAGCGGGGAGAGGAUCGGGCAGCGGGGAGAAGCAGCGGGCCGUCACGAGCGCGAGCUGCCGACGACGCGCCCCCUGACCCGGAACAACACUGAAAACUCUCUGUAGCACUUUGCCUUCGGGACUGCUGCUCCCUCCUCCCGUUUCCCCGCCCCGGGUCCUCUUUUCCAUGUGUUUCUUUGUAAAGAGCUCUCCCUGCAGGCGGGACGUGUGUAUCGCAGCGGCAGAUGCCUCUUUGCUCUGCAGCACAAAAGUGUGUGGCAUCCAGUUCCGCCUAAAAGGGGGGCCUUUCGGCAGGCAGGCCCUGCUCCCGCUGGGAUAGGUCGCCGCCGCCCACCUGGUGGCCCCUCUCUCCACUCUGCCGGAAGGCUUUCGGCUGCGUACACUUCCUGCCUUCUCCAGGUCCCCCGCCCGUAAGCUAGUUUCCCGAAUGCAGACAUGUUCACCUGGGGCCGGAUACAUUUUGGGCAAGCAGUUCUUCCUUCUUCACGUCUGUCCUUCUUGCAGGAAGCAAACGACUGGGUGCCAGGGCAGAUGUGAUCUUAGCAAGGGAGCGGAGAUGGGGUAGAGGCAAACUGGCUGCCCAGCUGAUCGGCAACUGUGCCGUAGCUGCAGGCGGCGCUUGCCGGAGCAGACCCCCUCGUUGAAGUCAGUCGGGGAUGAAACUGCUUGGGCUAACCUCCCCGUGGGCUUUGCUGCUUCCGCUGCAGGAAAAGACUGCCCGUGCCUCGCAGGCCGAUGGUCAGCCCCGUGCCAUUGUUCCUUGCCGAAAUGGUCCACCUGGCACCCUGCCCACACUAAAGGGAGUUAACUUCCCGCCCCCUUUACUCUCCCCCAGCCUCCCCUCCUGUAGAGUGACCAGCCGUGGAGGUUUUUGAGGAGCUGGACGUGUGUGCCCGUCCCGACAACGCAAGCUCCCAGCUCAGUCCUUUCUGUUCCUGUCUGUACGUUGUGUGAGGCCACACCUCUGCCUCCCAGACUUUGUAUAUUCUGUAAAAAGGAAUUGUUUGAAA